AAUGAACUUGGCAAGCAUCGAAAAAUAAUUCAUUGCUUACAAAAAAUGUCCCUUUAUCCAAAUUUACUUGCUCAACCAUUCAGUUCGAUCGGCAGCAAUCAGAGACAAAACACUAAUCCGUGUCCCUCUACUAAUCGUCGGAAAAUGGAGGGUCUUGGGAACUGCUGCUAUUUCUUUGAUUUGAAAACGGGAUGCCAGUUAAUUUCCCUGGUCGAGGCUUUAAGCAGUAUGUUGCAGAUCUAUCAGAGCUACAGUGAGCUCUAUGAAAAGCAGAUGGCCAUAAGCAGUAUCAGGCCCGUUGUCACCACUACAACUGAUGUCAGUUCACUGUCCCUUCAUCACGUUCAUGAACAGCAUCCCAUGUACAAUAUGGGCAUGGGCACAGUGACCAUACUUUCAGCUCUCUUGUUAUUCUUUGGCGUUAAGUUUCAACGCAAAAUGCUUCUUUUGGCUUGGAUUUACAUAACGAUUCUAUGCAUUUUGAGUUUCAUGCUUCACACACUCGUUACCGAUCUGAUUCUCGAGCACGUGUUAUUAAAUGCCAUCUCACUGGUUCUCGAGUCGUACUUUAUAAUCGUGGUACUAUCAUUCUACUUGCAUCUUCAUAGCCAUCAGCAUCGUGGCACUACCUCCGAAGUGGAAGUCCUCUAUACAGGGACAAGCGAAGUGUAGGUCAUGAGUGAACAAAUUAAACAUAAAACAAUACAUAUAUGUAUAUUGGUAUGGGGAUUAAAUAAAUGUUAGUUAAUGCAAUAGCAA